AUGACUGUUCAAUGCUUAUUUUUACAGGGUCGGACAACGACUCCGGGCGUUCGUCGUCCAACGUCCGCAAUGAACUCAACUCCUAGGGAACAGCAGUCACAUGUACAAAGUCUCCAGCGUCUUGUCAAAGAAAAGGAGGAUCAUAUCAGCCAGCUACUUCAGGAACGGGAAAUUGAACGAUCGGAUCUGGCCCGCGUCACUUUGGAUCGUGAAAUGGCCGAAUCGGAAAUCCUGAAUCAACGUGCACAAAUCGAGCGAUUGAAUCAACAAUUGCAGAGCAUGGAAGCGGCGCAUCAGUUGUUGCAGGAGGAAUACGAACAAAUGACUUUACGUUUGCACGAAGAAAAGAAGAACUUGGAAGAUCUACAGUUUCGUAUGGAAGAGGAGAACAUUAACAAGUCCACAAUGGAGCCUCGCAAUGCAGAUGAAGAUUCAAAAAUUUUCGAAUUGGAAGAGGCACUAAUUAGCGCGCGUGAAGCGAAUGAGCAUACCGAAGCUGAAUUGGAACGUGUUCGAGCAGAGCUGGCUGCAUUACAAACUGCUCAUUUGAAUAUGGCUUCUUCGAGCACAGCUACCGAAGAGCCUACAGUACCAACUGACUCUGAAGCGUCAAAAAACGACAAUCAAUCUGCUUCGACACAUGAUCUGGAGCGUGAAGUGCGCGACGCCAAAGUAGGCUCGCCGAGCAAAUUGUCCCUUCACCGGGUCAAUCUUGUGGCCCAAGCGUCAGUCGCUCCGGUCCAAAUGAAUCCAGAUAGUGCACUCCAAGCCGAAUGUGAGCGCCUUCGUCGAGAACUCGCUGAUCGUGAACGCGUAACAGAAAGUGCCCUAAAGCGUCAAGCAGAGGUGCUCGAAGUGGUUUCCUCAGAUUUCCAGAAGCAAAUAGCCGAUCUGAAUGCGCAAGUUCUCUCCGCCUCUAAAGAGUUGAUUGCCUCGAGAGAAGAGUGUCAGACGGUGAAAGAACAGUCACAGGUCACCAUAGCAGAACUACAAGAAGAGAUUCAUCAGUUAAAGAGCAAAUUUGCCGAUGAGGAAAGCAAAGCCAAAGAAACUUUGUCUUGCUAUCAGAAACGUAUUGAAGAUCUGAUGACUCAGUUGGAUUCGGAGAAAGGUAAAACGUCUGCUACUGUCAUGGAACAAUCAGUGGCUCUUCGGAAGUUAGAAGAGAAACUGAAAGUUACCGAGCGUCAGCUCUUGGACUACCAGCAAUCCGUGUUGUUUUCUGCCCAGGAGUCAGUGCAAAAUCAGAUCGAGCAGGUGUCGGGAUUGGCAGAUGACACUUGUCCUAUUCUAGACAAAUCAGCUCUAUUGGAACAAUUGAAACGACAACAGGCCUCCUAUGAGGAACAAAUGAAGACAUUGGAAUCCGAGCGGAAUGCGGCGAUAGAAACGCAACGUGCGUCCGGUGAUCGUAUUCAACAAUUGGAAGCUGAGCUUUCUUCGCUUCGCGAGGAAUUGGUCUCUUCCGGACACAAACAAGAAGAAUUGUCGGAACAAAUGAAAUCAGCCAAGGAAGUACGUGACAAAGUUUUGGCGGAGUUAUCUUCACUUCUUCAAGAACUUCCCGCUGUCGGUGGUGUGGAAACCGGUGAUGGUGACUUGGCUCGAGAACUUCGGACCCGCAUUGAUUUGCUCGGGAAACAUGUCUCUGAGGCCGAGGCUAAUCGUGAUGCGUUGGAAUUACAAGUUCAAACACUACAGCGCGAGCGAUCCGAAUUGGAACGGGAACUGGCCGUAUUGAAUGCUUCACAGUCGAGUCACGAUGCGCAACAAGAUUUGAAUAUUCUUUUGGAACAGUUGGAGUCAAGUCGACAAAAAAUGGUUGCACUAGAAGCUAGCACUUCAAUCGCACUUAAAGAACUGGAAAGCAAAUCGAGCGAGCUGGAGAAAGUGCAAAAGUCCCUGAGUGAAACACUCGUGGAGCGUGAUCAAUUGCAACAAGCACAUCAACAAACCAUGGCCAUGCUUGAAAGCGAACGCCGUCAACUUCAGGAGCGAAUUCGUGCAGCCGAAUCUGGAGCCGCAGUCUACGUCAUUCUGUCUUUCCGCGCGGAAUUCUUCGGUUCAAUGAGUCCGCGAGGUCCUUCUCAAAUGAAAUAUGGAUCGUCUAGGCAAUUUACUGGCUCGAACGACCAAGUGUCACGAUUGAUGGAAGAAAAAGCCGGUGCUGAGUCCCAAGUUGCCUUUCUCAACUCCAUCAUUGUGGAUUUGCACGAAAAAAAUCGCGAAUUAGAAGAACGUGUGCGGGAUAUGCUGAUGGUGGAUAACAUCUCUCGACCGCAAGCACAUCCACCGGUUGCAAAUCCUCGUCCACCACGACGUUGGUGUGACAAUUGCCUCGUGUUCGAUAGUCACGAAACAGAGCAUUGUCCGAACAAACUAGAACACAAUGGGAACGGUUUCAAGCCCCGGAAAAAGCUGAGCGCAUUGGUCGGACAGCAACCCUCAGAUCGGAUUUAUUGUGACAUUUGCGGUGUUUUUGAUAGUCACACGACCGAAAAUUGUACGGAUACCCAAACAUUUUAA